CAGUAGUGAGAGAUUAAACCAAUCAGAGCGAGUGGAUUACAUCUGUGCUGUUGUGCAACGGGCUGUAUUUAAAGCAGCUGUCCACCUUGAGCAGCACAGAGAUUGAGUCCAGAACAUCUAGUGUACUACAGUCCCGAGGCCAGCGACAGACUCUCCAAAAUGAGUGAUAACCCUGUGAAAGAAGAAGUGAAGCAGUUCGACAAGAAAUGCCUGAAGAAGACCAACACGGCGGAGAAGAACAGUCUGCCCACUAAAGAAGAUAUCGAGCAGGAGAAGAAGGCUGCAGGGGAGGCCAAGUGAAGCCGCUCUCGCUCCUGCACAUCCGCUAUCAGUCAGUUAACACUGAGAACGUGACUGAACCGUGAGACCUUCGAGAGGAGAGGAGAGGAGGUGAUGAGGAUGAUGUGGCAGGAAGAGAGCGCACUUCUGUGCUGGCUGUUUUCAGAUAACAUGUGAGAUCAUAUUUUUGUUUAAUAAAUGAUAAUAAAAACAUCU